AUGCAGAGACCUGGAGCUUUGUGUUUCACUUCAUGGAUCACAGGAACAGGAGCUCUGUGUUUAAUCUUCUUACAGUUAGCAGACUCUGAGUCCAACUGUGAGCUCGGCGAGAGGUGCGUCAGGCAGAGUGAUGAAAACUUUAGCAGCUGGUAUGUGUGGUUCCUGAUGUUGUUUUUCCUGGCCUCGCUCCUGUCCUGCGGGAUCUGCUGCUGCCUGCGUUGCUGGCUGAAGCGGAGGAGCUGCCCCCCGCCCCGACACACCUUGGCUGUCUUUGCACUCAGCAGCUCGGAUGCCUUUUGUGUGAGUGAAGUGCCUCAGUGCCCGUUCUCUGGAUCUUCAAGCCUCUGCAUGACUGCGGAGAUAUCCUCUUCUGUCCCACGGUUCAGCCUCGGGGGAACUGAAUUGCCUCCAUCCUAUGAGGAUAUUAUGAAGGAAAACAAGCUCUAG